GCUGACCCUGGUGGGAAUGAGAUUCCGUUGAUACGACUGAUGUAAAGCCUGGGGUGGCACCUCCACGUUAUAGGCGCUUAAUAUGUCAUCACUGCUCCUGUUUUCAUCAUUGUCUCCACGGGAGUGGCUGCCUAGGAGGCAGGGAGCCCCUUGAAGAGACCACGCUGUGCCCGGUCCAGCUCCCCUGCCACGUGCCCCCAGUGCCCCACCCACCCCUCGUGUCAGCCAGAUUCUCCUUUCUCCAAACCUCAGGAAACUGGAGUUCGAGGUGGGGCUGUGGUUCACCAGGUGCCACAAAUAUUUACCUUGGAGACCUCAGCCCAGAUGCAGAGGGUGUACAGGAUAUAAGGCCGGACUUCCAGACCCACUGCCCAGAUUGUGCCAUGUGCCACCUGCCAACCCCCAAGAAGAUGGCCAGCCCGCGGACCUUCACCUUCCUCUGUGGUUUGCUGGCAGCCAAUCUGGUGGGAGCCACCCUCAGCCCUCCUGCAGUUCUCAGCCUCGGCCCAGAAGUCAUCAAACAAAGGCUGACACAGAAACUGAAGGAUCACGAUGCUAUCAACACCCUGCAGCAGCUGCCGCUGUUCAGUGCCAUGAAGAAGGAGUCGGCCGGGAACAUGUUCAGCAGCCUGGUGCAGUCCAUCCUGAAGCAUAUCAUCUGGCUGAAAGUCACCUCAGCCAGCAUCCUCCAGCUGCAGGUGCAACCCCUAAAUGAUGGCCGGGAGCUGAUGGUCAACGUUCCCCUGGACAUGGUAGCUGGAUUCAACACGCCCCUGGUCAAGACCAUUGUGGAGCUGCACAUGGAGGUGGAGUCCCAAGCCAUCAUCCACGUGGAGACUGGAGAGAGAGACCACACCCGCCUGGUCCUCAGCGACUGCUCCAACACCCGCGGGAGGCUGCGCAUCACCCUGCUACACAAGCUCUCCUUCCUGCUCAACUCUUUAGCUGACAAGGUCAUAAGCCUCCUGGUGCCAGCCCUGCCCAAACUGGUGAAAAGCAAGCUGUGCCCCGUGAUCAAGGCAGCCUUUGAGGACAUGCGUGCGGACCUCGUGAACCUGACGAAGGUGCCUGUUUCUCUCAACUCUGACCAUCUGGAGUUUGACUUUAUGUCUCCUGCCAUCGAACACAGUGUUGUUCAUCUCAUCCUGGGGGCCAAGUUGGUGGACUCGGAAGGAAAGGUGACUAAGCUGUUCAAUGACAGUGUGGAUUCCCUGAAUCUGCCCUCCCUAUACCACACCCCUUUCAGCCUCACCAUGAGGAAGGAUGUGGUGAAUGCUGUAGUAGCUGCCUUGCUCCCUCCAGAAGAACUCAUGGUCUUGUUGGACUAUGUGCUUCCUGAGACGGCCCACUGCCUGAAGUCAAGCAUCAAGGUGAUCAGUGAAAAGGCAGCAAAUCGGCUGGGGCCCACACAAAUCGUGAAGAUCCUGACUCAGGAGACCACAGAGCUCCUUGUGGACCAGGGCAAUGCCAAGGUGGCCCAACUGAUCAUUCUGGAAGUAUUUGCCACCAAUGAAGCCUACCGCCCCCUCUUCACCCUGGGCAUUGAGGGUCGCUGCAUGUCCUGUGCAGGCUGUCCACACGCCACGUCAGCGGGCACCAUUCACACAACUACGGGAUGCACGGUGCCCUGGCUUCCUGUGUGGGAGGGUACUCUGAGCCCCCCAACCAGCAGGGGAAGUGGACUGCCCCUGGCCAGCCUCACUCCCUGGGGACUUCCCCUCCAUGGCCAAUGGCAGGCACUUUUCAAAAGGUCACCAAGCCCAGGCCUGCAGGAGAAGUUUGUUCUCUGGGUGCAGCUGCCCUGGAGCUGGAGCCUGGCACUUGGGCUCACCCCAGCCCAUGGGUCAAGAUGAUGGAUAUCUUCGGCACCUGCAUUUGAGGCCUGGCUUAGUUUCUGACCUUUCCAAUAAUAAUAACCGGUUAACAUUUACCAUCCUGUCUGCCCCUCAGUUUCCUCACCUCUACAAUGGGGUAAUAAUAGGACUCACUUCACAAGUCGUGAGGAUCAAAGGAGAUGAUCAGAUAAAGCUCUUAAAACACCGCCUGACACACAGUGAGGGCUCCGUGUGUGUUGGCUACUGUCAUCGUUGUCAUGAUCAGUAAUCCUCUGUGCAGUCUCUUCAAUGGGGCGUGGGUACAGGUACCAGCCCAAUAGAGAAGGAAUUUGAGGCCCACAGAGGUCAGACCCUUUCCCAAGGUCACAGCCAACAGCUGAGAUUCAGACCGUGUCAGCUUGGCCCCAAAGCCUCCUUACAGAACCCCACACUCUACAC